AGAAGCCAAAACAGCACGUUAAGCCCUCGUACUUUCCCUGUCACAACACAAAUCAGUCACUUGCAUCCAUCCCAAAACAGAGAGAUGGAGGGUCUGCCUACGUCACCACCGGCCGGUGCUUACAGCAAUGGCCACCACAACAACCAAAACGGCACCACACAAACGGAUGAUUUGAAGCCCUGGAAGUCCCAUAGCGGCGGCGCCAGGUCUCGUAGUAGGGUUCCCCGUGAAGUAGACGCGCCUCCUUGUACGGAUUUUGAUAAGGCUUACUUCCAGUCUUACUCUCAUGUCGGUAUUCACGAAGAGAUGAUCAAGGAUCGUGUGCGGACAGAAACUUAUAGGACAGCUAUUUUACAGCAUCAGAAACAUAUUGAAGGCAAAGUUGUCGUAGAUGUUGGCUGUGGCACAGGCAUCCUCUCAAUAUUUUGUGCUCAAGCAGGCGCAAAACAUGUUUAUGCAGUGGAUGCCAGUGAGAUAGCGUUGCAGGCAAAUGAAGUUGUCAAGGCAAACAAACUUUCUGACAGAAUUACUGUUUUACACGGACGUGUUGAGGAUGUUGAAAUUGAUGAAGAGGUUGAUGUUAUAAUCUCUGAGUGGAUGGGUUAUAUGCUUCUCUACGAGAGCAUGCUCGGGAGCGUUAUUAUUGCAAGAGAUCGCUGGUUAAGACCCGGUGGUCUUAUCCUUCCCUCUAUUGCAGUGCUAUAUAUGGCCCCUGUUACACAUCCCAACCGAUAUGCAGAGAGUGUUGACUUCUGGCGCAAUGUCUAUGGGAUUGACAUGUCUCCAAUAUUACCAUUGGCAAAACAAUGUGCUUUUGAAGAGCCAUCUGUGGAGACAAUCAGUGGAGAAAAUGUUCUUACAUGGCCACAUGUGGUAAAACAUGUGGAUUGCUAUACCGUCACAGUUAAAGAGUUAGAAUCUGUUACAGCAAGCUUUAAAUUUCAAUCUAUGAUGCGAGCUCCUUUCAAUGGGUUUGCCUUCUGGUUUGAUGUCGAGUUUAGUGGGCCUGCCGAUACUGGUGCACCAUCUUCGACUGAUGAGUCAACAAAAACAAACCCUUCUGGUGGUCAUAGGAGGAAACGAGCCAAUCCUGAUGAAGCACUUGUUCUCUCCACUGCACCCGAGGACCCUCCUACACAUUGGCAACAGACAAUGGUAUACUUCUAUGAGCCAAUAGAUGUUGAGCAGGAUCAGGUUAUUGAUGGUUCUGUUACAUUAACACAAAGCAAAGAGAAUGCUCGGUUCAUGAACAUUCAUCUUGAAUACUCCUCGGGUGGGCGGUCCUUUGUAAAAGAAAGUGUGUUGCGUUGACCAUACCGGAAUUGACUUUGUAGUUUAUGGGCGUAAUUGUUUUCACCAUGUAGCCUUGAAGGAAUACUUGGUGAUGUGUUUGUAUUAUUAGGUAGGUAGAAAUUGUGAGUAAGAUUUUGUUUGGAUUAAUAGGUGGAUUUAAGGUGCACCUUCUCAUAUGUCAUCUUUGUUUGUCGUGCAACAGCGACUGCUGUUUGACUGCAUUUGACCGAUGGUACUGCAGCGGCUAUUGUUUACGGGGCUGCUGUAGUGCCACUGUAGCAGAUGCAAAAACACAAACGCUAAAACAGAAAAAAAGAACAUGGGAAUUUAACGUAGCUCUGAUCUAUAUUGAUGGGCUGCAACUAGGAUAUUUUUAUUUCUUUUGGAGGUGAUGAAAUUACAAUUAAUACAUGUUAAGUUGGGGAUGCUAAA